AUGACUGGCGAGAUCCCUGUCCUCCAGUCCCCUGAUCUGGAGCAGCAUAAUAACAUGACUGUGUUUGUUUCACGGUACACUGUGGGAAAACUGCUGGGGAAGGGAACCUUCGGUUGUGUCUAUGAAGGAGUCCGGAACAAAGAUAGGAAACAGGUUGCCAUUAAAGUUGUUGACAAGGAAGGCAUGGAUGAAACUAUGACCAUUCCUGGAGAGACACAGGAGCUGCCUGUUGAGGUGGCACUAAUGAAGAUAGUGUCCAAGCCACCUCACUGUAGCAACGUGGUGGAGCUCCUGGACUGGUUUGACUUGGUCCAUAAGUAUGUGUUGGUCCUGGAACGGCCCAGCCCCUGUAUGGACCUCAGAGAUUUCAUUGAAUCUCAGAACGGCCACCUGUCUGAGGCACAAGCUCGAGACAUCAUGGUGCAGGUGGUUCAGGCAGCUCAUCACUGCUGUAAUCAUGGCGUGUUCCACCGGGACAUCAAAGCUGAGAAUCUCCUCAUCAACACCAAUACCUUGCACAUCAAACUGAUCGAUUUUGGCUAUGGUGUACUGCUGAAGGACACGCCGUACGAUGAAUUUUCAGGCACUGAUGUCUUUGCACCUCCUGAGUGGCUGAUGUUCGAGGAGUACAUGGGCAUUUCUGGUACCAUCUGGGGUCUGGGAAUAUUUCUGUAUAAUUUGCUCAGUGGACAAUACCCCAUUGCAUCAGAGGAGGACUUUGAUUAUGCAUACCUGGUUUUAAGUCCUGAUGUGUCUCAAGAGUGCUUUGAGCUGAUGAUGUGGUGCCUGGACCUCAACCCUGAAGUGCGUCCAACUUUCGAUGACUUGUUCAGGCAUGAGUGGUUUACAGAAGCAGUUUAG